AUGGCCCCAAAGAACAACAAGGGCAAGCAAACCAAGGAGCCGGAGAAGGCAGGUGCAGCUAAAGUGAAGGGUGCCCAGAGCAUCAACGUACGUCACAUUCUUUGUGAAAAGCACGCAAAGAAGGAAGAGGCACUCGCCAAGUUGAAUGCUGGCGUCAAGUUUGAUGAAGUCGCUAGAGAGUUCUCAGAAGACAAGGCUCGCCAAGGUGGCUCGCUAGGCUGGAAAACCAGAGGAGCUCUGAUGCCAGAGUUCGAGAAUGUAGCCUUCGAACUGGCUGCCAGUACCACCAACAGCCCAAAAUGGGGCGAGGCUAAGACCUCUGAAGGAUAUCAUAUAAUUAUGGUUGAGGGCAGGAAAUAAUCUUCUUCUUUUCUCCUUUGAUCGCCGUAUGGUGCAAGACUCGGAUUUUAUGAAUCCAGUUCAACAUUACGAACCCAUGGGUUAAAGCAAAAUUGAUCUGACAUUCAAUCGACUAGCGUAAAGAAGUACGAAAAUGGACGCUUCAUCAUGCGCAUCCUAAG